GUCACUGUAACUGAGAAAGUCUCGCAGCGGCAGAGCAAUGGCGGCCCCAGCUCCACCACUGCCUCCACAGCCAACCCCAGACCCACCCAUGACAUUGCCUGAAAACCCCAUCGGAAACCCCCUGUUCGUCAGGACUCGCCUUGCCAACAAAGACGAUGUCCCACAUAUACACAAGCUCAUCCACCAAAUGGCGGUGUUCGAGCAUCUCACCGACCUCUUCUCCGCCACUGAAGCUUCCCUCUCCUCCACACUCUUCAAUUCUCCACCCUUCCAAUCCUUCACCGUAUUAGUCCUCGAAGUCUCCACUCGCCCCUUCCCGGAGGACCUCCACCACAACAACCCUGUCUAUCCUCCUGUCGUCCGUAUCUUCAAUCUCGACCUCCCAAUCGACGAUCCAGAAGCCGGUGCGUUCCGAUCGGGCGACGGUGUUGUGGUGGGUGGUUUCGUUCUCUUCUUCCCCAACUACUCGACCUUCUUGGCCAAGCCUGGCUUCUACAUAGAGGAUAUCUUUGUGAGGGAGUGUUACAGGAGGAAAGGCCUUGGGAAGAUGCUUUUGUCGGCGGUGGCGAAGCAAGCGGUGAAGAUGGACUACGGGAGGGUUGAGUGGUGCGUGCUCGAUUGGAAUGUUAACGCUAUUAAGUUCUAUGAGGAGAUGGGCGCCAACGUAAUGCAGGAAUGGCGGAUUUGCAGGUUAACUGGUGAGGCUCUCCAGGCUUAUCGAAAUUGGGGUUAGGGUUAGGGUUAGGGUUAGGGUUAGGGUUAGGGUUUUUCAUCACUGGAAGAAAAGGGGGUUGGGGGGUUUAGAUGAUAAAUAAAUGAAGUUCUAGGGGUUCAGUUGUUAUAGUUACUAGUUUCAAAACUCAUAUUGUUGGUGUUUGGGACAAUUUAAAGAGUAUUGAGGACCAUUUUG